GGUCUAAUUUCAAUAUUUCUUGAGGUGAAUGAAAUUAUGUGGCAUUGCCAAAUCAUAUAAAACAAGACGAUUUUGUGAAACUCAUUGAAUUGUGAAUUGUUUAGAGUUUAGGAGACAAUGUCGCGAGUCCUUAUAGUUGGUGCUGGUUUGACAGGCAGUGUAUGUGCUUGUCUUCUACGGAGAGAAAUGGCCAACAAAGUUAAAAUUGUUGUCUGGGAUAAGUCCCGAGGGACAGGAGGAAGAAUGUCGACCAGCAGAAGUCCAUCUGAUGCCUCUUGCAUAGUUGAUCUUGGCGCACAGUACAUUACUGCCACACCCCACUAUGCCCAAAUACAUCACAAUUUCUAUGAAGAGCUGCUGGCCAGUGGUGUUUUGAAGCCCCUGGUGUCUUUGGUGGAAGGGGAGGUGGUGAAGGUGGGAGGCCAGAAAAACUACAUCACUCCAACGGGAGUGUCUUCUAUUGUCAAACAUUUCCUCAAGCAGUCAGCAGGAGCCGAGGUGCUGUUUGACCACCACGUCACCCACAUCUACCGGAAGGGCUCCAGCUGGGAGGUGUCUCCUAAGGGCAGGGCUCCGGAGCAGUUUGAUGCCGUGGUCCUCACCAUGCCCGUACCGCAAAUCCUGCAGCUGCAAGGAGACGUGGGCUCCUUGCUGGAGGACAGUCAGAGGCUGCUGCUUGAGGCGGUGAGCUACUCAUCCCGGUACGCGCUGGGCCUCUUCUACAAAGCCCAAGCUCACAUCCACGUCCCCUGGGCCGCCAAGUACAUCUCCAAUAAUCCCUGCAUUCGCUUUAUUGCCAUCGACAAUAAAAAGCGCAAUUUAGAAUCCUCUGAGUGUGGUCCCUCCAUCGUGGUUCACACAAGUGUUCCCUUUGCCAUGAAACACCUGGAGGAGACCAACCAGCAGGUGGAAGCCAUCAUCCUGGAGGAGCUGAACAAGCUUCUGCCUGGCCUACCGCAGCCUGACAGCAUCAAGUGCCAGAAGUGGAGAUACUCCCAGGUGACAAGCUCGGUGGCCGCCUGCCCAGGGCAGAUGACGCUGCUGUCUCGACCUCUGUUGGUGUGUGGGGGCGACAGCUUCACACAUUCCAAUUUCGACGGCUGCAUCGAGUCUGCCCUGAAGGUGUGUGACGUUCUGAAGUCCUCUCUCUGAAGCCCCGCGGCGGUCGGGAGUGUGGAGUGGGGGGGGGGGGACUGGGGUUUAUGUUGCGGACGGUAUGCUAGCCAUUAAUCCGUUAGCCCGAUCGUGAUUAUAGGUGACGUCUGGAAAACGAGAGUUUGGAAAGUCCUUGAUGUGUCAUAAUUGACAUGUUGCUGACACGUUGAUGCUAUAUGGUGGAGGACAGUCAGGAGACGUGUUUGCUAAGGUGCGAAACAGCUGUGUAUAACAUGCCCUAUGACCUACUAAUUCACCAAGGUGCCGCGUGUUUCCAUCCAACAAAGUGCUUUAAUGAGUGUAUGUAAAGCGUUGGAACUCUUAGGAUUUCUCUCUGUCUGACUUGUGAUUGAAUCCAGGUUUCUCUUUACAAUUCAGGUUCAGAUUAAAUAAAGUGUUUUUUAGACCAUC